CCUUGCGGCCAGUGAGUGGCAACGGCAGCAAACAAGCAGCUGCUGGGCGCCUGGGAGCCGCUUCUCGCGCGCCCGCCCCUCUCUCGCGCGCGCGCCCGCCCGCCCCACUCGCUCGUUCCAGGCGGCUCUCUCGCGCUCCGAUAGCGCGCGAGCGAGUGAACGAAAGAGAGAGCGAGAGAGAGAGAAGCAGGCACGAGGCGCGCCCCGGGAAGGAAGCAACACCAAGAACCGACUCCAGGAUGGAAGGGGACCGGCUGGAACCCGCCGUUACCAUUAAGAAUAUUGAACGAGAACUCAUCUGCCCAGCAUGCAAGGAGUUAUUUACCCAUCCAGUUAUUCUCCCUUGUCAACACAGCAUCUGCCACAAAUGUGUAAAAGAAAUCCUCUACUUCUCACUUGAAGAUCCGUUCAAUGAUUCUGCCUCAGAGACUUCCAAUCAAAGUAGCCCUCGCAACCGAAUGCAUUCCCCUAGCUUGGAUAGAAUUGACAGGGUUAAUAGAUCAGGUUGGAAACGCAAUUCAUUGACUCCUAAGACAACAGUCUUCCCUUGUCCUGGAUGUCGACAUGACAUAGAUCUCGGAGAGCGUGGCAUCAGUGGCCUGUUUCGCAACUUUACCUUGGAAACAAUUGUAGAACGAUACAGGCAGGCAGCAAGGGCAGCUACAGCCAUUAUGUGUGAUCUCUGUAAACCCCCACCACAGGAAUCCACAAAGAGCUGUAUGGAUUGUAGUGCAAGUUAUUGCAAUGAAUGCUUCAAAAUUCAUCAUCCCUGGGGAACUUUAAAAGCCCAGCAUGAAUAUGUGGGACCAACCACCAACUUCAGGCCUAAAAUUCUGAUGUGUCCAGAACAUGAAAUGGAGAGAGUAAACAUGUAUUGUGAACUAUGCAAAAGGCCUGUUUGUCAUCUUUGCAAACUGGGUGGCACACAUGCAAACCACAGAGUAACUAGCAUGAGCAGUGCCUACAAAAUACUCAAGGAAAAACUUUCAAAGGACAUAGACUACCUCAUUAGCAAGGAGAGCCAGGUGAAAAGCCAGAUUACGGAACUUGGUCUUUUAAUGAAAGAAGCAGAGUGCAAUGGUGAAAGAGCCAAGGAAGAAGCUUCUAACAACUUUGACAAGUUGUUUGAUGUUUUAGAAGAGAGGAGAGCAACUGCACUCAGGGCUAUUGAAGCUUCCAAAAACAUGAGACUGGAGAAAUUGCAAUCACAAAUAGAAGAGUAUCAGGGACUUCUAGAAAAUAAUGGUCUGGUAGGAUAUGCUCAGGAAGUUCUCAAAGAAACAGACCAAUCUUGUUUUGUUCAAACAGCGAAGCAACUUCAUGAGAGAAUUCAAAAAGCUACUGAAUCAUUGAGGAGUUUCAGACCUGCGGCCCAAGCUUCUUUUGAAGACUUUGUUGUUGAUAUAGCAAAACAGCAGGAGGCUCUUGGAGACCUGUCUUUUCAUUCAAGUGGUGUUGAUAUACCAGAAAUCAAUGAAGAACAGACCAAAAUGUAUAACAAAGCUUUGAUCAGUUGGGAUCAGCCACAAAAAAUAAGUUCAGCUGAUACGUACAUCCUUGAAUACCGUAAACUUAAUAGAGAAGAAACUCCUCCAGUGUGGCAAGAGAGGGAAGUCUUCAGCAAGAGUGAAAUAGUCUCUGACCUUGACACAAACAGCAGUUAUGCCUUCAGAGUAAGAGGAUACAAAGGAUCUAUUUGUAGCCCAUGGAGCCGAGAAGUCAUCUUGCACACACCACCAGCUCCAGUUUUUAGUUUUCUUUUCGAUGACAAGUGUGGUUAUAAUGCUGAACAUCUCAUACUGAAUAUGAGGAGAAAUGCUGUGGAAAACAAGGCUGGAUUUCCUCUGCUUCUGGGAGCUGACCGUAUCCAGGCAGGCUGCUAUACAACCUUAGACUACAUCAUUGGAGACACUGGUAUUGUGAAAGGGAAGCAUUUCUGGGCUUUCCAUGUGGAGCCAUAUUCUUAUCUUGUGAAAGCAGGAGUUGCAUCUGAUGUUAAGAUCCAAGAAUGGUUCCAUAAUUCUCGAGAUUUAACUAGCCCAAGAUUUCAGUUACGUGACAGGGGGAGGAAAAACUGUCAUCAUGAAGAGAAGGGCCAGAAGGAGGUGGAGGGGGGAAGAAUGGAGAAAAGAUAUGAACAAGAUAGUGGUCAUGACAGUGGGAGCGAAGACAUCUUUGUUGAAUCCUUGCAGCCUUUUACCCUGGUAACCUUAGGUAUGAAGAAGUUUUUUAUUCCAAAGGCCUCUCCUGCUCCAGUUACGCCUAAAGAUGCUGUGAAUAGAAUUCUUCCCAUGCCGUCAAGCAUUGGCAUCUGCCUUGACUGCGACAAAGGCAAAGUUGGAUUCUACGACGCAGACAGGAUGAAGUGUCUCUACGAGCGUCAGGUGGAUUGUUCUGGUACAAUGUACCCAGCUUUUGCAUUGAUGGGAAGUGCAGGAAUUCAUCUGGAAGAAACUAUUGCAGCAAAAUACUUGCAGUACCAAGAUGAAGACAUGUAAUGCCCAAGACACCAUCUUUUGCAUUACGUCUUAAUUACACCGUAUCUCCUAAGUGCUUCUGCCGCACCCUUGCUUCUGAGUCAUUCUGUUCUUGUUUGUUUUCUAAAUUGCAGAGAGAAACAUUCAUCUCUUUCAACUUUACUGCCCUGAACAUUCUUCCUGAAGCCACUCAGUUGGCAUAGAAUGAUCCUAGGUGCUUUGGCUCAGUAGUCUCACUGCCCUUCAUAGACUGGAAACCUGCCUAAUUUUAAUAAGUCCUUAUAUAAUCAUCACUAGCAUUCACACUCAAUUUUUUUAAAAGGAGGUAGGCUUCUAAUAAUAAUAUUUUCCUUUUGGCUAUGCAUUUGAGUAUGCUCACUUUUAAAGGAGCUUAUUUUGACUACAUUGAGUAGUCAUUUGUCUUAGGAAGUAUCUUAGCAUGGCAACAAAGUAGACUGUAAAUCCAUGCUGAGGUAGCAAACUGGCAAAUAGGAAGGCGAGUCAUAAUGACUGUAUCUAAGACAGAUUUAGUACUACUUUUCAAACUGCUAUAGCCGUAUCAGUGAUUAAUAGCAAGGUUCCCGUAUGUGUCAGUGCUGGAGGUAGCCUAUAUACGGUAUUUUAAAUAUAUUUAAAUAAGUGCAAUUUCUCUUGAAAUGUCAGAUCUUGGUGUUGAAAAUUCUGCAUAAAUAACAAAGUCUUCUGAGAGAAUAAAUGCAGUCACAAAUAAUAUUUAUGGUUUUUUUUUAAAGAAACACUUUGGUUUGUGCAUUUUAUAUCUUUGUAAAAUAAAGGUUUGUAGUGUGUUUAGAAUAAAUGAACUGUUCCUUGCAUUUGAGACACUUUUGCCUUAAGGUGUCAUCUUUGGUCCAGGUCUGUUAACUAGAAUACAAUCUAUACAAAUUGUUCAAAGUUCCAUAUAGUCUGCUUAAUGUGUGAAACAUGUUGCUCUGAAAAAAACAUUUGUGAAAUACUGUACUUCUGAUUAGAAUUUUCUUUGGUGUAAAAUGUAUUUAAUAUAUUUUCCUACAUACUCUUUAAAAAAUUGAACAUGCAGGAGUUUCCCAAGAUUUGGCAAUUGUUUGUCCUUCUGGAUCACUAAGAAUAGUUCAAAGUUAUAAUUUUAAGCUAUGUUUAUUUAUUCAUUGUAAUUAUGCCAUAAUUUAUUUAUUGUGAUUAUAUUCCGUUUUAAAAAUCUUUAAUCAUAAUUUAUCAACAUGUGGAUUUGGGUGUUUCUGCUUCCUUUAUACACCCUACUGUUUGAAUUAAGACUGGGAUUAGUGCUAGGAAUUAGUGAAAUGCUUGGGAACUACUCUAGGAAAGUGAUUAUUGCUGUUCAGUUUAGGGACCAGAGAAAAAUCCAUCCGUCUGCCAAUAUUGAGGUUCUUACUUUUCACCAAAAGGGAAAAUUUCUAAACUGUCAAGAAGGGAUGUGUGGAUUCUUUUUAAAAGAGAAGACACAAAUUUUCUACCCGAGAGAGGGAGCACUUUACAUGCAAACUGAGCUGAAACAUGUGUGGAUCAUUCACAAUAUAGCUGCUACAACUAACUAACCUGUUAGUAAUCACUGUGAUCUGCAAGGCUCUAUACAAGUGAACAUCAUGUAGACAGUUUUCUGAAAAUAUUAUUUGAAGCUUUAAUGAAAACCAUAAGGCCUUGUUUGAAAAUAUUGUGAAUGAAAAUGUAACUUUUUCAUUUUUUUCUAAUAAAAUAUGACAAAUAUAA